AUGGGCACGCAGCAAGCCAUCAUCGACGCCUCGCGCUGUGUCAGUACUGCCAAUGAUGACCUUGAGAAGUCAUACCAGGAGAUGCAGGCACUUUUCCAAAAGAUUAAGGACAACCGCAACGCCUUCGAGUCAAAGAUCAAGCCAAUCGACGAGCUGUUUGCGGCCAAGCGAAAAGAACUCAACGACUACAUCUUCCAACUAGGCACCGACGCUGCCGCCAUCACGUUCGUGGAUGUGGCUGCAGCCCUGGCCAGCGCUGUGGAUGUUGCGUGUGAUGUACGGAACGAUAUAUUCUAUGCGCAGGGAUAUUCAUUGCCUGCAGACUUCAACUUGGAGUAG